GUUUCUAAGCGGUCUAUUACCUCAGUAAAGACAUCAUGGAUUCUGGAAUAGAACGUAGCGCUACUAUUUGCGUGGAGAAAAAAAAAAAGAAAUGUAUGUAAAAAACGAAUGACGACCUGAUCACUUUUCCCGAAAAGGCAAUCAGUGCAACCUGACCUUCUCCUCAACGCUGUCGUCGAGCUCGACGAUGGACAGACCGAUGGGCCCACGACUCCCACCUCCACAAGGCGACAAGCGAGGUCAGGCUUAUGAGUCUAUCUUCGGUCGUCCCAGUGCAUCCCACCACCAAGCUCCCCCUCAAUUUCAUCCGCACCAAAACUAUCACUAUCAGCAGCAUCCGCCCAUUCCUCAGGACAGAAGGUCUUCUUACUCUCCAUCAUUCGUCAGUGGUCAAUCUUAUCCAAAUGCCUACCCCCUCCCUCGACACCAGCAACCACCAUAUCCAAGUUCCAUAGGCUACCCCCCACGCUACAUGACCUCGCCUUACAGUGGAAACUCUCUUGCUCCUCCCUCAGUGACCUCGAGAACUCGUUCUAUUAACAGUAACCCCCAUGCCCAAGGGAUAAUAGCUCCCCAACCAGAGGAGCCCCCGGACCCAGCACUCGAAGCUCUGACGCAGAGAGGACUGACGCCUGCCCAGGCAUAUCAAGCACAGGUCUACAUGAAUAGUCCAAGUAAUAAUGGCCACACGAUUCCUGAACCUAACAGAACAUCCAAUCCGCCGAAACUUGACAUAAACUUAGGUCGUGAGGACGGAAAGUUUACGAUGGAGUUCGGGGACAACACUUCAAGCGAUGACAGUAGUGAAUUGCCAUGGGCAAGAAGAGACUCACCAGCAACCAGUCGAACCGGCACGCCACCCUCUGUCCUCCCAAAUCGAUUUUCUUCAACCUCAAGUGCUCAUCCUCUUCAUGUGGACACAGCAGCAGCACAGGCGAUUCGCAGCUCCGUCGUCAGCACCUCCCCAUCUUCAUUCACCAUGGUCGAUGACGCAUCGUCCACCACCGCGGCGCGACGUUCGUCCGAAUCACAUACACUACCUCGUUUAUCGGUUGGGCGCAAAGAGCGUACUGCGCAGGACAGAUCGACCUCCAUGAGUGCCGUAACUGGCUCAAUACGAAUUUCUAAGCCUCCUCCGUCCCCGUUGAUAGAAUCAGGUAGUCCAGGUGGCUCUAUUAGAGGUCCUCGCACAAGCAACGGCCAACCCCGGCAUCACCGCAACAAACCCCCAGUCAUAUCUAUAGCCCUACUCUCCCACGUCGCCCAAGCUUUCAGAGAUCGAAUUCAACUCGGGGACAAAGUCAAAGAUGGCUUGACUUACAAAGAUGGAUUCGAUGGCCGGGAAGCUGUUGAUAAACUUGCUUACAUCAUUAAGACCACCGACCGUAAUCUCGCGCUACUGCUGGGAAGAGCGCUAGAUGCACAAAAGUUCUUUCACGACGUGACAUACGAUCACCGGCUGAGAGAUACUUCUGGAGAGAUAUAUCAAUUCCGGACCAAGUUGCCAAGUCCUUUCGUCAGCGGGGAGUUACCUGCACCACCAGAAGAAAACGGAAAAGAGGAAGAGGACAAGGACCGGGAAGAAUCAGCUUCUCCAGCUCCAUCCAUUCAGAAGGAUAGCUCGCCUGUCACGCCUGCAAACGAUGAAGUCGAGCUACCUUCCGGGGUGUUCACACUUCUAACUGACUGUUAUUCGCCGACAUGUUCGAGAGAUCAGCUUUGUUACAGCAUAGCCUGUCCGAGGAGGCUGGAGCAGCAAGCGAGGUUGAACAUGAAGCCACAACCAGGAUUGUCGAAACAAAUCAGCAAGGAGAGCUUAUACGAUGCCGUAGAUGAUGGUACAUUGUGGAUUCAUUCGGUUCCUCAAGAAAUUGCCAAUAGUGUCUCCGACAAAGAGAAGAGGAGGCAGGAGGCCAUCAAUGAGGUUAUCUACACAGAGAAGGAUUUCGUGAGGGACAUGGAAUAUCUCAGAGACAUCUGGAUUAAACGCCUACAAGAGUCCGAUGUUAUACCUGCUGAUCGCCGUACCUCUUUCCUAGAGCAAGUGUUUUGGAACGUAUAUGAUAUCAUCGCAGUUAACACAAGGUUACGCGAUGCACUCAUGAAGCGACAGAAACAAUACGUCGUUGUGGAGAAGAUCGGUGACAUUUUUGUGGACGCAGUCCCGCAUUUCAAUCCAUUCGUGAGCUACGGCGCGCAUCAGCUCUAUGGAAAGUACGAGUUUGAGAAAGAGAAGAAUGCGAAUCCGGCUUUUGCUGCCUUUGUUGAUAAUGCCGAACGCCUCCCCGAGUCACGGAAACUCGAACUCAAUGCAUAUUUGACGAAACCGACCACACGUCUGGCGAGAUAUCCUUUACUUCUGGAAGCUGUCAUCAAGCACACGCCAGAGGAUAACCCAGACAAGACAGUGUUACCUCAGGUGGUGGCAAUGGUCAGGGAAUUUUUAGCUAGGGUGAAUGCUGAAUCGGGGAAGACGGAAAAUAGAUUCAACUUGAUUCAGCUGGACCAACAGCUACUUUUCAAACCAGGGGAAGAAGUGGAUCUACGACUUGCCGAAGAGGGAAGAGAGAUGAUCUACAAAGGCCCUUUGAACAAAAGAGACGGAGAAGUUCACGUCUAUCUAUUCGACCACGCGCUGCUAUUCACAAAGCAGGUUAAAACCAAGCAACAUGAACAAUUUAAAGUAUAUCGACGGCCAAUACCUCUCGAGCUGCUUCACGUUAACUGUGUCGACGACCUUAACAACGUCGCCAACGGAAAUUCUGCCACUGUUCGGGUGCGUCAGCGGCAAGGCUUGGUAAAAAAAUCCUCCUUCACUCGAGAACAACGACACACUCCCGUUGUCCCUGUAGUCAAUGUGCGGCCAGAGGCAAAGGGCACAUUCUGGAUCAACUUUGUGCAUCUUGGGCGAAAGCAUUAUACACUCACAUUAUGGGCCAACUCACAACUUGGCAUGAGAAAGUGGACAGAGAGCAUAUGGAAGCAACAACAGGCGCUGCGGGAGAGGAGUAUGCUGUUUGAUACGGUAGCAUUGAGUGAGGGAUUUUUCACAGCACAUAAUAAGGUGAACUGUGCAGCACCGUUCUAUGCUGGAAGGAAGGUGGUGUACGGUACUGACGAUGGGGUCUACAUAUCAGACCUGAGGGAGGUGGAUAAGGAUCCUGUUAAAGUAUUAGCUUUGCUAGAUGUCGUUCAGAUCGAUGUCUUGGAGGAUUACCAACUUCUCAUUGUACUUUCAGAACGGCAAGUGAUUACCUUCCCCCUGGAUGCUCUGGACGCGAUGGAUCCUAUGGCUGGGCUCAAACGAGCAAAACGGAUAUCGUCGCAUACGUCUUUCUUCAAAGCUGGGCAAUGUCUGGGCAGGAUGCUCGUCUGCAUCGUGAAAUCGAGUCAACUGUCGAGUACAUUCAAGGCCCUUGAACCCAUCGAUCAAAAUAUUCGCGGGCGUAGCAAACCAACGUUCCGUAAGUUACUUCAGGGAGGUAAUGACACUCUCAAGCCAUUCAGAGAAUUCUACAUACCAGUCGAAUCAUCGUCAAUACACUAUCUCAAAACGAAGAUGUGUGUUGGAUGCUCGCGAGGUUUCGAGAUCGUUGAUUUGGAAACAUUGGACACGCAAGGCUUGCUGGAUCCGAAUGACGAAUCCUUGGAGUUCGUGAGGAAGAGAGAUAACCUGCGACCCAUGGCAAUUUACCGUAUACAGAAUGAGUUCCUCCUCUGUUAUGAUGGUCUGCGGCUGUUUGCUACGCCUAGCUUCCCUUCCUCACUGAUGAUAUCUUCCCUGUGAGCAGAAUUUGCUUUCUAUGUGAAUAAAACCGGCCGACGAUCACGCAAGGAGUUCAUGGUACACUGGGAGGGCACUCCUACGGGUUUUGCAUUACAUGAACCUUACGUGCUUGCCUUUGAACCUUGUUUCGUGGAAAUACGGCAUAUCGAAACUGGCCUGAUGUCUCAAGUCAUCCAAGGUUCAAAUCUUCGUUUACUAUUCGCGGACAAUCCUCCAUCGAUGACAAAUAGUGCUGGAAGUAAUAGUACGAGUCCGGUCGUAGGUUCAGGAGGAUACUAUGGGCCUGGGUAUCAACACCAACAUCCAGGGUAUGAUCAUAACGGUUACGGGCCACCAGGACCAUAUCAGAAUGUGAUGUACCGACAACAGCAUUAUUCACGACCGUACAUCAGAGACGAAAUUCUCAUAGUUUCUGACGACCGAGUUCUGUCACUACGUACUACUGGCGGGCAGCGGUCGAUUCUUGAUAGUGCUUCAAUGCGUUCUAAUCCACGAUGAAGCCUGAAGGCUCGAGAUGUGUUCUUGUUUGUAUUUCACUGUUCCAUUCAUGUGCUGUGCUUUUAUGUUCUAUUGUUUCCUUCUGUUUUCUAUUUUUUAUACCGUUGGUUGCACUUUCGCACAAUUUUUGUUUGCCUCGCAUCUUCCACUUACUUAUAACUCACUGCAUCUGUAUCAACCUGCGGAUUAAAAAUGUUAAAACAAGUAACUGUAACUCUUUCUGACAAGGAGUUUGAUGAGGGC